AUGAUACUUCGUGGUCAACCUUGGACCUUUGAUGGCUAUGUGAUAGCCCUGCAGAAGAUUUAUGGGGAUGAACAGCCCUCGGAGAUCAAACCUCACACAUCCCCUUUCUGGGUUAGAAUCUACGAUCUGUCGCUUCGCUACAGAACUGAGGAAGCGGUUACCCAGAUUGGGAGAAGCUUCGGAGAGGUGAUAGACUUUGACAAAUCCAGUGGUUGCGUAGCAGGCAAGUAUAUGAGAGUUAAGGUUGUGCUCGACCUUUGUAACCCUCUUAAACGUGGGACGCAGAUACAGCUAGUGUCCCAACAGGCAGGGAAAAUUUUCUUCAAAUAUGAGCGCUUGCCGGAUAUAUGCUUUGCAUGUGGCGGACUUGGUCACUCCAUUAAAUCUUGCCCCGAUAAGGAAGAUGAUGAAGAUGAUGAGGAAGGGCCACAAAACCUUCCAUAUGGGGCGUGGUUACGUGCUUCCCCCAAAAAGAACGUUAUGGUGAGGAAGGAGGGUUUUCUCGAGGAGCGCAAGAGUUUGUUCCAAGAGGAAUCGAGCAACAGAACAAUACCCAAAGAGCCCGCUUUUGAGAAAUUGGGGCGUUACACCGCUAGUUCUGAAGAUAGCUCUGAAGCAAUACCCAAGCAGAUGGAGGAGAAUGGCGAUAUUGAGGAACAAGAGAAAGGUGAUCAACAGAGGGAAGAAGGUCUGGAUCAAGUGGCGGAUGUCCUGCAACAGAUAUCCCUGGAUCCGGGGGGCAAGCAGGCCGAGAAGGAGGCCACAACUGCUAAGAAGUCAGUAGAAGAAGGAGGGGAUGAUGAAAGCACUGAAGAGUCACAUGAACAUCAGCAGCCGGCUAGUCCAGAGAAUAAAAGCCACCAGGUUAAGACAGGGAAGGGUGCAUCGUGGAAACGCUUGGCCGGGAAACAAGCAGCAAAGCCCACACAAGUGUUGCCCACUGUAUGUUCCAAAAGGACAGACAUGGAUAUUGAUGAGGUGGCUGACGUUACUGGAAGUAAGGAGAAGAAGAGCAAGAACCUAAUGCAAAUUGAUGAUGAAUCGGCCGUACUGGAGGACCAGCACCGCCGGGAGCCAUGA